AUGCAGGUCCAGACUCUCAAGCUUCUUAAAAUCCAGCGUCCCACACCAGCCUCAUCACAUCACCUAGCAGAAGCACUGUGUUCUAUGCCAAACCUCACUGACCUGACACUCGCUGGAGAGGCAUUCAUUGAGGAGUUCUUCUCUGCAUUAAAAGCAAAGGCCUCAUCCAUACAGGUCCAGACUCUCGAGCUUCAUCGUCUCUACUGUCUCAGACCAGCCUCAUCACAUCACCUAGCAGAAGCACUGUGCUCUAUGCCAAACCUGACUGACCUGACACUCACUGAAGAGUUUUUCACUGGAGUGGGAUUCACUCAGGAGUUCUACUCUGCAUUGAAAGCAAAGGCAUCAUCCAUACAGGGUUGUUUUCCUCAGAUCAGGAAGGGAAACUUCAGGUUCAAUGGAGUUGCUCAACAUGACUUGAACUCAUUUCUUCACACCCUUACAUCUUUGCAAAGCUCAGCUGACUUGGACAGCUCAAACAACUCAGACAACUCAGCUGACUUGGGCAGCUCAAACGACUCGGACAACACAGCUGAUUUGGGCAGCUCAAACGACUCAGACAACACAGCUGACUUGGGCAGCUCAAACGACUCAGACAACUCAGCUGACUUGGGCAGCUCAAACGACUCAGACAACUCAGCUGACUUGGGCAGCUCAAACGACUCAGACAACUCAGCUGACUUGAGCAGCUCAAACGACUCAGACAACUCAGCUGAUGCCAACACCAGUGUUACCCCAGACACCCUACCAAGGGGGUGAGGUGCCAAUAUUCCAGUCUUGCAAGAGUCUCAGGACAAUGUCAUUGUGGGACAACCUGUACAACAGCCAGGUACAUUGAGGACUCGGUCUGAUUUUGGGCAAGUCUAUUCAGAGAAUAAUGUACUACCGAGGAAUCCUGAGCCUAGUCAGCCCCAAUUUAUGCCUUCCGAUCUCCAAUCAGGCAUGUCUGCUGGGUUGCUCACCCCUGCUCCAUAUGAGCCAUUCAGUGGUUAUUAUUGCAGUCCUGAGUAUGGAGAGGCUUACUACAAUCCUACCUACCAUACCACUAUGUCAAGUUCUGCUACGUCUCCUAACCCUCCAGUCUCAAGGCAUGAUCAACCUACCCUGUUAACAGGGUACCUUUCACCAACACAGUAUUAUGGGAGCACGGGUAGACCAGGUUCUCCCACUCAGGUAUCACAUUCCACCAGCUUUUCGUCCCCAAUCCAAAGUACAAGCAGUACUUGUAGAGGUCAUCCUCAACAGCAACCAAUUGGUGAUGUACACUAUCCAAGAAGGACACCAUCAGACCAUCCUCAGCAGCAACCUAUGGGUGAUGUACACUAUCCAAGAAGGAUAUUACCAUCAUCAGACCACCCUCGACAGCAACCCAUGGGUGAUGUACACUAUCCAAGAAG